UAAGUUUUAAGGAAGUUUUCAUUAUAUAUAACUUAACAAUACUUUGCAAUUUUAAAGCUCACAAUAUAUUAGGCCUAUUAAAAUCUCACGCUUGUAAUAGCUACUCCUUGUUUUAAUUUCUUUAUUACAAUAUAAAUAUUUCUUACAAAAAUAUAGAUUUAUAUAUUUCAUACAAGUCAGACAUAGCCCGUUACUUUAAUUUACAGCUUAUAAUAUCCGACAUUAAGAGCUUAAUUUAGCGGGCUCCAUUCAUAACGUCAGUGCUUAAUUAUCGGGUUUAAUUGACGGCGCUUUUAUUGUCACCGUCAGCGGGAUGUAACCGGAUCCGGCGAUCGGGGCUUGAAUGAACCACCCCGCGAAUGAAUGGGGGUGUAACGGGGGCAGGGCAGCCUGCCCGGUGCUGGCAGCGGGGAAAGCGGUGCCAUACGGGCUUCUGGGGCCCUGGGGGAAAAGGGGAGAGAAACGAAAUACAGGCACCGCAGCACCUCGGCGAACACCAUGAACUACGUGGGCCACCUGGCGGGCCAGGUACUGGUGACGGUGCGGGAGCUGUACAAGGGCAUCAACCCGGCCACGCUAUCAGGCUGCAUCGACGUCGUGGUGGUGCACCAGCAGGACGGCUCCUACCAGUGCUCCCCCUUUCACGUGCGCUUCGGAAAGCUGGGAGUGCUGCACUCCAAGGAGAAGUUGAUUGAUAUCGAAGUCAAUGGUGAGCCUGUGGAUCUGCAUAUGAUGCUGGGAGACAGUGGUGAGGCCUUCUUCGUGGAGGAGAUAGAGAAGCAAAAUGAGACUGUCCCCAUCCACCAGGUUUCCGAACUCAUGGAAGACCCUGCGUUCAAGCGACAGGAGCCACGGUCAGUGUCAUCGGAUCCUGAAGGCCUUGGGCAGCCGGAGUGGCCGUGGAGUCGGGCCCCUGGCGAGCACAGAGACGGCAGUGAGGACCCACUGCCAAGCACGGCCUCGGCGAGGAAGAAGAAGCGAAGGAGGAAAAAGCUGAAGGCGGACCAUCGGAAGGAGGAUCCGGCGCCCCCUGCUGGUGGGGAGGAAAUCUUUGAAAUGGACCUCAGCUCUGAUGAGGACCAGGCAAUGCAGAGUGCAAGGGUGUCCCUCAGCCUGAUGAAGGAGCACAAACAGUCCAUCCACGAGUCGCUGGACAGUUACUCCCUCUCGGAUGGGGACUGUGUCCCCGCUCACAGUCUGGCCGGACCACAGACGUUCUCACCGAAGAGUGACUCGGAGCUGGAACUGAAGACCUCCGACAGCCUGCUGAGGGCGCAGUCCCACAUCGAGUGGGCAUGGGGCGAGCUCCCAGAAUCCACCUGGGGCCUGCCAAAGGAGUUCCUUGAGCCACCGAAGGCCAUUGCCUGCCCUGUCAGCGAGUCCUCCUCCAAGAAGAAAGGGGUCCCAAAGCGGAGUGAGCACCAGGGCCCCGAGGACAUAUACCUGGAUGACCUGAAGGAGCUUGGCCCGGAUGUGGCUGCCCGCUACUUCCCCAGGAGCCAGGUGGAUUCUGGUCCUAGACAGUGGGCGGAGCCUGUGCGGUGGGCGGAGCCACCCCAGUCAGUGAGCUGUGUGGGGGCCGACAGUGGGACCGAAUGCCUCUCCGACUCCGCCAGUGACUUGACAGAGGUCACGCUAUCGCUGUGCGGGGGACUCGGCGAGAAUGCAGACAUCUGCAAAGAGAAAUUUUUGCAGCAUAUCAUUAAAUAUCAUGAGUUCGUGGAAAACCCCAGUAUCAUCGAUAAUCCCAACCUGGUUGUCAAAAUCGGGAACAGGUACUACAACUGGACUUUGGCUGCCCCAUUGGUGCUCAGCUUGCAGGCCUUCCAGAAGAGCUUGCCUAAGAGCACCGUGGAGACCUGGGUGAAGGAGAAGAUGCCCAAAAAGUCUGGAGGGUGGUGGUUCUGGCGGAAACGGGCCGAUGUCACCUCCAAGCAGUCAGAGACUAAGUUGGAGUCGAAGGAGUCCCUGGGUAGAGAGGAGCCCUCCCCCAUGCAGCCAAGCCCCCCCUCCCAGGCCCAAGCCAGGGACUCCAGUGACGAGGAACCCCAAAACAAGGACGUAUCUGCCAGGCCGGACCACAGACCACCUGGACACCAGGAGCCUCCCGCUGCCCGUGCCUAUAAGAAGUCUCUGAGACUUUCCUCAGAGCAGAUCGUCUCCCUGAGGCUGAAGGACGGCCCCAACGAUGUCACCUUCAGCAUCACCACGCAGUACCAGGGCACCUGCCGCUGCGAGGGCACCAUCUAUCUGUGGAACUGGGACGACAAAGUGGUCAUCUCCGACAUUGACGGGACCAUCACCAAGUCAGACGUGUUCGGGCACAUCCUCCCCCAGCUGGGCAAGGACUGGACCCACCAGGGCAUUGCCAAGCUCUACCACUAUAUACACCAGAAUGGGUACAAGUUCCUGUACUGCUCUGCGCGAGCCAUUGGCAUGGCGGAUAUGACUCGAGGCUACCUGCACUGGGUAAACGACGGGGGCACCAUUCUGCCCCGGGGUCCCCUUCUGCUGGCUCCCAGUAGUCUCUUCUCUGCCUUACACAGGGAGGUCAUCGAGAAGAAGCCGGAGGUCUUCAAGAUCACAUGUCUCACUGACAUCAAGAAUUUGUUCCUUCCCAACAAGCAACCUUUCUAUGCCGCUUUUGGGAACAGGAGUAACGAUGCACUGGCCUAUGAGCAGGUGGGUGUACCACAGUGCCGGAUAUUCACGGUGAACCCGAAGGGCGAGCUUAUUCAGGAACAGACCAAAGGGAACAAGUCUUCGUACUGUCGGCUGAGCGAGCUGGUGGAGCACGUCUUUCCCCUGCUGAGCAAGGAACAGAGCUCUGCCUUCGACUGCCCUGAUUUCAGCUCCUUCUGCUACUGGAGGCAGCCAAUCCCUGAGCUCCUGCCUGAGGAUCUUCUAUUAGCGUGACCCAAAGAGCCCACGAACCCAGAUCCCUUCCUCGAUGCUGCUCUGGAUCUCUGCACCCUGCCACACCUGGGUGAGGUAUCUAAGCAGGUUAAAUGUCAGUGUGAGUCCGCUCCUGGGUACAGGUGCAUGUCAUGCCGUAACGUCACCGGGUGAGUAACCUGUACAUUAUGCAAGAUGGAGGGCUUAAUGAUACAGUUGGGGUUGGAUGUGACCCACUCAGGACUUUAGGGCAGAAGGGAAGCCCGCUUUCAGGACCCUGCACUGAUAUGUCAGAAGUGUCCCUCCAUCGCACAACCAAUCCUGACAUCUUGGUGUUUUUUUUUUUUUUUUUUUAAGACGCUGUAAAAUACUUUGGAUAGCUCUUGCUAGGACCCAAACCAUCAAACCGGCCCCGUCCAUUUUUUCCCAUAGCUGUCCAGCGGAUUUGCCUGCUUUAAAGCAAUUAUAUCAUUCUCUUUUCUUGCACAUCUAAUGCACCAAAUUCAAAACACAUCUAGACCGGCAGUAUGUAGAGCUGCUGUGAGAGGGGAUUUCCUCCUUUGGUAUUGAUUAGUAAUGUGUGUGUCUGUUUUUAAAAGCCCUGAGAGUGAGUGUGUGUUCCAGUCUUUAACCUGUAGGUCUGUUCUUUCUGUGAAAGUAAUAUUCUGGUGUGGAACCAUCAAACGCUGCUUUCUUAAAGGUAGAGCUCAUGUUUGUAUGGCUUUUAUUCUCUGUAGAGGUAAUGAGAGUAAAACUAACAUGUGCCUCAAACUUCAAUGCCUUAUGUAAGGGUUAAUGGUAAAAAAAAAAAGGUCAAAUUCUAUUUUUAAUGUAAAUCGUAUCACUUACUGUAAGAGAGAAAAAUUAUAUAUUCAUAAACCAAAU